UCCCUCCUUUUCAUAGAAUCACAGCGAGUGGCUACAAAAAUCGAGCUCUUGUAUCUCGCGAGAUGAUUACCAUUACUGAUUUAUGUUGUUACCAAUGCCAAAUUCAACCGUUGGUUACUCUCAAACCAUUUCACAUCUCCCGCCCCGGCAAUCCCUUGAAAAACGUUAAGAAGCUCAGAUUCUCACUUAAUCAGAAGAGGAAUGUUGCUAUUGAAGCAUCAAAUACGAAUUCGCGGAAACGAUACGCACCAAAUGAUCGAAAGAAAAGAGAAGAAAAGCCGGUAGAAGAAGGAAUUCCGAUUGAUCAAGUUAAAACCCUAGUCAAAUUUAAAUCAAGAUACAAUUACAUUCGUGUUAUAGAAGUAUCGAGAAGAGCUGAUCAUCCAUUUGCAGGUUCAAGAUUACUUCUAUUAGACGCACCAGGAAACAUCCACAGUGUAUCAUUCAUUUUCAAAUUACUCACAGAAACAUAUUUCGAUGUUUUUGCUACAUUCCCCCCAAUUUUGCCUCCAGGAGGAGGUCCAUUAGGAAUUCUAGGGUUUGGAGCUGGUUCAGCUGCAAGAAUCAUUUUGAAAUUAUAUCCAGAAGUCAUAAUUCAUGGAUGGGAACUCGAUCCAUCUGUUAUUUCAGUAGGUAGAGAGUAUUUUAGUCUUUUGAAGCUCGAGAACGAUAACCCAGAUCGGCUUUUUAUUAACAUUGGUGAUGCUUUAAAUGCUAGUGUUAGAGAUGGUUUCUCAGGGAUUUUGGUUGAUUUGUUCUGUAAAGGGAGUGUGAUUCCUCAACUUCAAGAUUCAACAACUUGGGAGAAACUGAAAGCUAGUUUGAGGAAAGGGGGGAGGAUUAUGGUUAAUGUUGGAGGGAGCUGUAUUGAAGCUGAAGAUUCCAGUAUCGAUGGGAAAAUGGUUAUGGAAAAGACGUUGAAUGCUAUGUAUAAAGUUUUUCCGGGGAAAAUUUUUGUUUUGAGUCUUGGGAGGAGGAAAGAAGAUAGUUCAAUUGCUUUAACCGGUGAUUUACCUCAUCUGGAUUCAUGGAGAUUACUGUUACCGGCUUCACUGAGAGGUUAUGUCAAAAUGUGGACUCCUUUUAAUGGGGUACAAUGAAUUAGUUUUAUAUAGUGGAAGAUUGUAGUCAUUGUUUCAUUUGAUAGAAUUGAACGAAAAAUAUAUUCAAAUUUAAUGCUAGUCCAAUUGUGUUGUGUAA